GGCAAAUAUUGACGAAGUGGAGACAGAGGUUGUGGAGAUUGAAGCCAAACUAGACAAGUUGGUGAAACUAUGCAGUGGGAUGGUUGAAGCUGGGAAGGCAUACAUCAGCGCCAACAAGCUCUUUGUUAAUGGCAUCCGGGAUCUGUCUCAGCAGUGCAAGAAGGACGAGAUGGUCUCGGCGUGCUUAGAAAAGUGUGGAGACAGUCUCCAGGAAAUCAUAAACUACCACAUGAUACUGUUCGAUCAAGCUCAGCGAUCGGUGAAGCAGCAGUUGCACAACUUUGUGAAAGAGGAUGUUCGGAAGUUCAAAGAAACCAAGAAGCACUUCGACAGGGUUCGUGAGGACAUGGAAAUAGCCCAGGUGAAGAACGCUCAGGCUCCCAGGAACAAGCCACAUGAGGUCGAAGAAGCCACCAGCGCUCUCAUCAUCACUCGAAAGUGCUUCAGACACCUCGCUCUGGACUACGUGCUACAGAUUAAUGUCCUUCAAGCAAAGAAGAAGUUUGAAAUUCUAGAUGCUAUGCUGUCCUUCAUGCAAGCUCAGUACUCGCUGUUCCAGCAGGGCUACAACCUGCUGGACGAGCUUGACCCGUACAUGAAAAAACUGGCUUCUGAGCUGGACCAGCUGGUGAUUGACUCAGCCAUGGAGAAGAGGGAAAUGGAACAUAAACAUGCUACUAUUCAGCAGAGGACGCUCGUGCAGGACUUUUCGUAUGAUGACUCCAAGGUGGAGUUCAUUGUGGAUGCUCCCAACGGAGUGGUGAUGGAAGGCUAUCUGUUCAAGAGGGCCAGCAACGCCUUUAAGACCUGGAAUAGACGAUGGUUCUCCAUACAGAACAGUCAGCUGGUCUAUCAGAAGAAGCUCAAGGACUCCCUUACGGUGGUAGUGGAGGACCUUCGACUGUGCUCUGUUAAGCCGUGUGAAGAUGUGGAGAGGAGGUUCUGCUUUGAGGUCGUCUCCCCUUUCAAGAGCUGCAUGCUGCAGGCCGAGUCGGAGAAGCUCAGACAAGCUUGGAUUCAGGCAGUUCAAGCUAGCAUUGCUUCAGCGUACAGAGAAAGCCCAGACACCUGCUACAUAGAACAUCUGGACAGAACCGCCUCUCCAUCCACCAGCAGCAUUGAUUCAGCCAGUGAGCCUCGGGAGCGUGGCACAAGGGGGGAGACCAUCCUGCAGCGCAUCCAGUGUCUGCCGGGGAACCAGCAAUGCUGCGACUGUGGCCAGGCCAAUCCCUGCUGGGCCUCGAUCAACCUGGGCAUCUUGCUGUGUAUCGAGUGCUCUGGCAUCCACAGGAGUCUUGGAGUUCACUGUUCAAAAGUGCGCUCUCUCACUCUCGACUCAUGGGAACCAGAAUUAUUAAAGUUGAUGUGUGAGCUUGGAAACAGUGUCAUCAACCACAUCUAUGAAGGUUCUUACAAGGAACAAGAUCUGAAGAAGCCGCUACCAUCCAGUUCACGGCAAGAAAAAGAGGCCUGGAUAAAGGCAAAGUAUGUGGAGAGGAAAUUCUUGAAGAAGCUGGGCUUCACAGAGAUCCUCAUCAAUGGGGGGAGGAAGGCGGAGCGGCGGUGGAGUGCUAAGAAGUGUCAGAGACAUAACAGCGUCAACACCGUCCCCAAAACCCAGAGGAGAUACAGGCGAGAGCCCAGCAGCACGUCCCCGUCCACCCUCUCCAUCGCAGCCGCCAAGUUCAGGCGGGAGUCUCUGUUUUGUCCCGAUGAGCUGGAUUCUCUCUUCUCCUACUUUGACACCGGAUCUGGUCCUCGAAGCCUGAGCAGUGACAGCGGUUUGGGAGGCAGCACCGACGGCAGCACAGACAUCCUGGUGUUUGGCUCGGUGGUGGACAGCGUCACAGAGGAGGAGUGCGAGGUAUCCGAAGACUCGAGCGGCGAAGCAGAGCUGGAGGUGGAGCCCGAGACGUCUGACCCAGAGGAUGUUAGGGAGGUGGAUCCUGGAGCGCUGCUCUACAAAGCCUCAAAAGUUCGCAACCUGCCACUCAUGGCCGAGGCUCUGGCUCACGGGGCUGAUGUGAAUUUAGUCAACGACGAAGACGAAGGAAAGACGCCUCUCAUUCAGGCUGUGAUUGGGGGUUCCCUGGUUGGCUGUGAGUUCCUGCUCCAGAACGCUGCUGAGGUCAACCAAAGAGAUGCCCGAGGGAGGGGUCCGCUGCAUCAUGCCACCUAUCUGGGACACACAGGGCAAGUGUGUUUGUUCCUUAAAAGAGGAGCUACACAGAGUGACUGUGAUGAAGAUGGCCAGGAUCCUCUGAGUAUAUCUGUUCAACAGGCCAAUGCAGAUAUAGUCACACUGCUGCGUCUGGCCCGGAUGAACGACGAGAUGCGAGAGUCGGAGGGACCCUUCGGACAGCCAGGUCAAUACCCAGUCAGCAGCCCCACUGAGCAGCAGUAUAAGAGAUGCAUUCAGGAGUUUAUCUGCCUUCACAUAGCAGACUGCUAGUCAUCAGGUCCAGUCAGGGAGACGCCACCUACAUCGACAUCUUCAGGGAGUUUUCCCACAUGGCCUCCCACAACCCAGAGAAGCUGAAAAGAAGGAGCUUGCACUUUCGACACUCCUUCAGGUAGUCCACGUGUCUGGAGAAGAAGAAAACACUUUAAAGAGCAGAUUUUCCAGACAUUAGUCACAGCCGGAUAUCAUAGGCAGAGAGAGGCCUGGAGUGCACCCUCACACUCCACAUAGCCUACUGUUACUCUCCUCCUUGCAGCGCCUUAAACUGAGAAGAUGUUUAGAGUCAUUGUCACACAUGAAACUUACAGUUCCUUCUUGGAGGAUUGGCUGGUCUUUUCCUCUUGUUUUACGUUAUGAAUACUUUUUUUUCUGUGCUGCUUGAUGAGCACUUCUUUCUAGUCCUUGUGUUCUUUGAAGGAACUGAAUGAAUAAUUUGUAUAAUGCAUGCAUGCACAUCCUUAUAUUUUAUACUCAAACAAACUUGAAUUCAGCAGCAGAUAAGAUGCAUCACAUUACCUACCCUCAUCAUAAUAAAGUGUCAGUAUUAUUGUCGCACCAUGUGCAGUUUUAUUUUGAAAGGAUACUGGUAACCUGUUGCAUGGACUACGCUGGUCUAGUCCUUGCAUUGUGUUGGCUGAAUGUACUUUGUAUCACCACUAUGGAAUGCAGUUUAUGCUCUGGAAACAUGCUGGAGAAGCUGGGAAAUGUAAAUAUAUCUGAAUGAAUGGAAAUAAAAGUUUUCUCAGACUGA